AUGUCUUCUAGAAAUCCUGCUAUAAACAAAUGGGCCUUAGAUUUACCUGCUCAAUCAAGCAAGGCCAUAUUUGCUUGUGAUUUGGUGCAAUGUGGCUACUCAAUAACGUCUGUACCAGUCAAGCUUGACUUGAAUCAAGGGUUGAAGCCACAAGUAUUAGUAGCCUACAGAAUCUCAACCCUUAGCCAGUUCUUGAUUGUUCCACAAUCAGCUGAAAAUCACCUCCGCCACCUUUCGUGUUUGCCGCUUGAGGAGGUGGAUAUUACGAGGCUGCACGCUCAGUCAAAGGUGGUUGGGACACUGGUAAACAUUGGAGGAGCAACGCUACUCACAUUUGCUCACAGAAGGGAAUUUUUGUCGCUAUCAAUCUGCACCCAGUGCACACAUCCAAGAUCAUUUGAAGGGGAAUACCCCCAGGAGACUGCUUAUUACAUUCUCGGAUUGUUGGCCAAGGAAAGGGGUCCAGUAUUUCUGUGUGCUUCUAAUCCUCUAAGCAUGGUUAUGGUUGCAAUUCUGGGGUCUUUCAUCUUCAAAGACAAAUGGUACGUUGGCAGGUAUGCAAGGAUAAAACUACAAACAUCAAACCAUUUGCGCAAACAGCCAGGACAGAAGGAAAUGUACGGACUUCUAAUCAUGACUUGGUUGCAGGAAUGCUAA